CGUCUAUAUAGCAAGUCAAUUGCGCUAAUUUCUCCCAGUUUGUGAGUGAGUCGCAGUUGAAAAGAUGUCAGAGAUCGCGAUACGCGCCCUGGGGGUGGAGGACUUCCCGGAGGUGGAGGCCUUUUUGGCCGAGCACUUCUUCAAGCACGAGCCACUGAUGCUGAUUCCCCAGGAGGAUCCCUCCCAGGCCGCCGUCGUGGAGCCCGAGUCGGAGCUGCAUCACCAGCUCCUCCAGCAGGGUCUCUCUCUGGCAGCCGUCGACAAUGCCCAGGGCGGACGCAUUGUGGGAGUGGCCCUGUCUGGGGCCAUGGAGCCCUCCGACCUCGAGCGGGAAUACAAGGAGACACAGGAGAAGCCGGUCUCGUGCCUGCUGGACAAGAUUCACAAGCUUCUGGCCGGUGUCGAGUGGCGGGCGAAUGUCUUCAAGCACUACGGGGUGGAGCGGGUCCUGUACCUCUACAUGCUCGGGGUAAGCUCCGAAGUGCGUCGCCAGGGCGUGGGCUCCCGCCUGGUGUCCGGCACCAUUGAACUGGGCCGCACCCAUGGAUUUCCCGUCGUCUGCUCCACCUGCACCAACCUCAACUCCACCCGCCUGAUGACCGGCCUGCAAAUGGAGUGCGUCCUCGCCCAGGAGUAUGCAGACUACAAGGAUGAACGGGGCGAGGUUAUCCUCCAACCGGCGGCUCCCCACACAAAGGCCAGUGUGGUGGGUAUUCGACUUUAGCUCGGGGAUUCCCCCGAAAGCCAAAAAGCCUGAAUUAAGUUUAGCUACAAAUUAGUUACUAAGGAAGCAGUGGCUUUAAAGUAAAUGUUAGUUAAUUGUUAUUAUAUUGGACCUUGAGCCUAUUGCUGGUGCCAUGUGAGUAUCUUUGAAAUACUCACAUGCGUGCUUUUUUGUUCAAAAAAACUCAUUCUCUCAAAAAUAAACCUUGAAUUGCUCUGAUUACGUUACGGAAAUGUUUAUUUUCUGUUUGCUCUUCAUAGAAUGUUAUGAGUAUAUUUUCAUAUUAUGGCAUCUUGGUCUAGAAAGCUUUUUUUUUGACAAACAAUACAGUGGUUCAGAGCCUAUUUAAAUGAAAAAGAAAAUAAACACAGAAGAGUGUCUAAACUAUACGAUA